AUGCCACCAAGCAUCACCUUCUCCUACCGCAACUGCAAGCCUUCACUCACAAAACAUACCUUCUCCUUCCCAUUUUGGCCACACCCAUGUCGCAUAAUUCCCACCAACUCAUUUCUAGUCCAUGCCAAGAAGAGAAACUCCAAGCCUGAGCCAGUCCUUGAACCAACCAUAAUUGAAGAAGUAUCAGGAGCCGAUGAAGAUAGAGAAGAAGAACAGUUGCUCUUUGAUGAUUUUGAAGAUGAGGCAGUGAUGGAUGGUGAUGAUGAUCAUUUCGACGAAGAACAGUUUUUGGAAGACGAAGCCAAGUUAUAUGCUGGUGAUGGAGGUGGUGGAGGUGGGGUUGCACUUGCUGGGACAUGGUGGGAUAAAGAAGCAUUAAAAAUAGCUGAACAGGUUUGCUUAUCUUUUGAUGGGGAAUUGAAAAUUUAUGCCUUCAAGACAUUGUCUAAUUCCUACAUUCAAGUCCGCAUUGAGAGACUUACAAAUAAGUCUGGUUCCCCCAAUAUGGAAGAUAUUGAAGCUUUUUCUACAACCUAUAGAGCACAGUUGGAUGAAGCUGAACUUGCUAAAACUAUACCUGAGAAUUUUACUUUGGAGGUAUCUUCUCCUGGUGUUGAAAGGGUAGUUCGGAUUCCAGAAGAGCUGGAUCGGUUCAAGGAUCGGGCUAUGUAUGUGAGAUAUGUAAAUGAGGCAGAUGCAAAAGAUUCAUCCUCAGAAAGUGAUGGUGUUUUUAGGAUCAUUUCUUUCGAUAUAGAAACGAAAUACUGCACUUGGGGAUUAGCAGAUGUAAGGAUGAAUAGAGAAAAAGCUGGGAAGGGAAGACCUCUUAGCAAAAAGCAAAGAGAGUGGCGCUUGGACACCGCUUUCGAUUCAUUGCGUCUGGUUCGACUGAAACUCCAGAAAUACUCACAGAUGCCUGUCCAAAGGUUGCAAGGAUUUAGUUCUGAAUUUGCCGCCUCUGUCCCCCUAAUUGGCACUCCAAACUUCAAUUCUGGUGUCUUCCUAUUAUGGAGUACUCUAGCUGUUGUUGUUGGUGGUAGUGGUGAUGGCGCUAGUGUUAGUGUUGGUGUUGGUGUUGGUGUUGGUGUUGGUGCUAGUGCUGUUAUUGGGGUGAUGCUAUAUUGUUGCGCUUUGAUGAUCCUUACAUAUGGCUUAUGGAAUCAAUAUGGCUGUCUGUGUUGA